AUGAGAGCCACUGCGCUGUAUCUAGCCAUUGUGGCCGUCUGCGCUCGGUGUACUGCAACCCCAGUAUCCUAUGCGACAUCCGGCAACACAGCUGCUAUCAAUAAGGUGACACCAAAGGAAUGGGCAGCCUUGAAGACAGCCGUUGGAGGGAGACUGUACCCACUCAAGCCAUGGCCCUCACCCUGCUAUUCGGCAUACAACAACGGGACGUCAACGGUUGUGCAGACCCCGGAUCUGCUUGGUGGCUGCAAGACGGUGCAGUCAGACUACACAGAUCCGCCGAGCAUUUCCAACCAACCUGCUGGCUACCAUCAGCCGAACUGGGCGGCGUGCUUGAAGACCUCACAAAGCUGCAAUCUGAACUCCCUAUUGCCUCAAGACCCGACGUAUUACGCACCGCCGGCAGUAUGCUACCAAGGUAGCGUGCCGUCGUACUACAUCGAUGUCAGGCAAAAUUCAGAUGUGCAAGCUGCGCUGGCAUUCAGUCAAUACACGGGCGUACCCCUCGUCGUCAAGUCGACCGGUCACGAUUACAAAGGUCGUAGCUCGGCGCCCAACUCACUUAUGCUCUGGAUGCAUAAUCUCAAAGCUUUGACGUAUUCUGACAGCUACGUCGCAUCCGGCUGCGCUGCUUCUACGGCCACAUCUGCUAUCACUAUGGGCGCCGGCACCCAAUUCAUUGACGCUUACAACUUUGCCGAUUCCCAUAACAAAGUCAUCGUUGGCGGAAGCUCUGAGACCGUCGGCAUCACAGGCGGCUGGCUUGCCGGUGUCGGUCACUCUGCUCUCAGCAAUACACUCGGUCUCGGUUCUGACAAUGUGCUCAGUAUUACCGCGGUCACCGGCAAAGGACAGGUUUUGACUGCUACACGGUGCAGUAACCAGGGAUUGUUCUUCGCUAUGCGAGGCGGUGGCACCUCCUAUGCGGUAUUGAUGAGCGCAACAUUCAAGGCACAUCCCGCUGUUACGCUGCAGACUGCAUACAUCAGAUUCGUCACUGCGAACCUCAACGGUGUUGAAGGCUUUGUCAAGACUCUGAUUGCAAAUCAGCAGGCGCAAGAAGCGGCAGGCUUCGGAGGCUAUAUCGUGCCAGGCGCUAUGGGCACCCAGCAGGCUGCUGGUCUUAUCCUGUUCACACCAUCCGUUAAUCUGACGACGGCCCAGGCAGUCAUGAAGCCAGUGACAGACUAUGUCCAGAAUACCUUUGGUACCGGCAACGUACCUCUAACGAAUCAAGUGACUACUACGGGUUCCUUCCUGCAGACAUACAAGUCAACGAUCCUUCCGAACCAGGAAAAGUCUGGCAUCAGCCUGCAUCUGGCCUCCAGACUGGUGCCGAAGACAGCCUUCAAGGAUGCUCCUAGUCAAGCCGCUCUCCUAUCGGCAGUGAUGAAUGCCGUAAAGACGCUAGUACCUAUCGUACCCGGUGUUGCCACUCUCGGUCUUUAUGACUUUACGGCAAAUCCAGCACAGAUCCUUGUGACCACGCCGGCGAAUUACAAGACGGAUGGUACUGGUUCAGCGAACCCUGCCUGGUACUCAUCGUCAUGGCAUUUCCCUAUGGGCAGCGGUUUUGCAGACACAUCUACCUCGGCCCAAAGUCAAACAGCCUAUGCUCUUACACAGAAGGCUAUUGCACCUUUGCGAGCGAUCACGCCCAUCGCUGCUUAUCAAAACGAGGCAGACAGCGACGAGCCGAAUUACACGCAGUCAUUCUGGGGCAGCAAUUAUGCAAAUCUGCUCAAGGCGAAACAGGCAUACGAUCCCCUCAAUCUCAUACAACAUCACCAAGGCGUUGGUUACAACGCAUCUGAUCCGCGCUAUAGCUGUUUCGAUAACUGA